AUGAUGGUCCCGAGAGCCUUUCUCUUUACCUCAGCACCGCCCCAGAAAGCCAUGCAGCCUUAUGGCCUGAAAGAACACCCCUCGUCAUUGGGCGUGGAUCGCCUCGGCCAUUAUCCCUCAAAAUAUGCCGGCAUCUCCGCUUCAACCAUGACCACCCCGGUAGUAAUCCCACCAAAGCGUGGCUCACGCACGCCGCUGCACCGAGAAGCCCGGACUCGUACCCCAUCCAAACCGUCCGUCUCGUCUCGCAGAUCAUCCUCAUCCUCCUCUUCAAAUGAACGACCUUUACCUUUGUCAGUGGCCUCCAUGUUGGACGCCACAGCGAUUCCUGUGCCACGCCGGUCGUGGUCCACCCGGAGACCUCGGAAACUCCCCCGAGGCAACCAUGUGGAAGAGUUCAGCCGGAUGAUGCAGGAAGGGCUGAGGUCCAAGGAAGACUAUUUGAUGGGUGGUGCAGGUAACUCGCCUCUGGAUAUCUUGUUGAGCCCACCGGAGGAAGAGAACGAAAAGUAUUCCACCGAGUCUGAGAUGGAAUCUCCGUUCUCUGUGCGCUCAGUUUCAAGCGAUUCGAUGCCAUCUUUAGAGCCUGAUUUGGGCUCUCCCGUUAGCUCGCCUCAACCGCAGACACCCGGCAGUCAUAAAAGCUCGUCUGAGCGACGGCCCUUGCGAUAUUCACCUGCCGAAGACUGUGCUCUGGAUCACCCUCUGCUCGAAACAGACUUGGAUGACUGUGAGAUCCAUGUGUUUGAGAGUCUUCCCGAGGCUACCAUCCAUGAUACCGUCCCCUCAGAGCGCACUGCGUCCUCUCGAACAUUUCCUAGUUUGAGAUCGUCCUUCAAGUCGAACCUCACCGCGUCCCUACGAGCUAUCAAAUCUGCCGCCCAGUCGGUUUCAACGUUUACCACGCCUUCUGUACAACCAGAAGACUUCCUCACUCGGUCUUUGUUCACCAUCACCCCCGAAAUGACCGAUGACCGCCGCCCUCCUCCCAUGCAAGAACCGCCAUCUCCAGCACUGCGACGAUACCUGAACCCCACCCCCAUCUCUCCUGCCGAGAUGUGCGUCUACCACGAUCAUCCUCACGAUAAGUCCGAGCCGAACAGUGCUUGCGCUGUCUCUAUUCAGAUGCAAACCUACCGCCGUUCUCGUGGCCGAGGAAACCGGCGCAAUCACUUCCACGUUGUUGCCCCGAAGAACCGUAAUCAGUACCACACGUACGAUCCGGAGGUACCACCGAUGUCACGCCAGCGUGAACCCCGCGAGAACUGUGAUUUCCUUCGUAUGGUUGUUCUUGAAAUGAACAUGCGUCGCAGCGGCAAGCUCCGUGAGGAUAUCCCAACACGAGCGCGCAUCAUGCUCCCUCCUCGCAAGAGCAAUCCCUACCGCUUGACCGGGGACUACGAAGAUGGUGAUGAUAACGACGCCGUUCCUGCUCGAUGGGUGGGCAUCUCGGCUUGA